GUCAGCGAGAGACACGCCGCUGUCGCGUGGUGCGCGUCAGGAUUGACUGAAGCUGAGCUGAAAACAGCUAGAAAACACAUUUCUCCUGAGCUCUGGAUAAGACAAACAUCUGCAUUCGGUGGUCUCUCAAGAAUGGAAAAGAGUCUUCUGCCUGGACCAAAAGACAUUGUGAUGGCCACCCCACCGAGUUCAUUUCAGCAGGAGCCGCUCACGCCUCCAAGAUCCUCUCUUAAGCCCAACCAAGUUGGGCAUGUCAUCCUCUAUGGGGUGCCUAUUGUCUCGCUGGUGAUUGACAAUCAAGAGCGGUUAUGCCUGGCUCAGAUAUCCAAUACCCUGUUAAAGAACUUCAGCUACAAUGAGAUCCACAAUCGUCGAGUGGCUCUGGGCAUCACCUGCGUGCAGUGCACCCCGGUCCAGCUGGAGAUCCUCCGGCGGGCGGGCGCCAUGCCCAUUUCCUCCCGCCGCUGCGGCAUGAUCACCAAACGGGAAGCAGAGCGACUUUGCAAGUCUUUCCUGGGUGAGAAUUCCCCACCCAAGCUGCCAGACAACUUUGCGUUCGACGUGACGCAUGAAUGCGCUUGGGGCUCCCGGGGAAGUUUCAUCCCGGCGCGCUACAACAGCUCCCGGGCCAAAUGCAUCAAGUGCUCCUACUGUAAUAUGUACUUCUCCCCAAACAAAUUCAUCUUCCACUCGCACCGCACACCCGAGGCCAAGUACACGCAGCCGGACGCUGCCAACUUCAACUCCUGGCGUCGGCACCUUAAACUGACAGACAAAACAUCACCGGAGGACCUGUUGUUUGCCUGGGAGGACGUAAAAGCCAUGUUCAAUGGAGGAAGUCGCAAGAGGGCGCUUCCGUCCUCUAACUGCUCGCCCAUGGGCUCUGUCAAGGCCAUGAACUCAGUUCUGCCCCACAUGAUUUCUCCGGAACUGGCUCAGAAGAGAGGCCGGUACGAGGACGAUGAUGAGUUGGACACCAACAGCCUCUCGCCCCGAAAGGCCCCCCGCAGUUACCCGGUCAUUCCGGUCCCGAGCAAAGGUUUCGGGAUGUUGCAGAAGUUCCCAACAACGUCACUAUUCCCCAGCCCCUACACCUUCCCAGCAUUCGGCUUGUGCCCGCAGAAGAAGGAUGACAGCGAGGCAACAAACGGACAGAAAAACAGCGGCCUCUCAGGGCUCCUUUGGCCCGGUCGCAAGGAUGCUUUUUACCCGCCCUUCUGCAUGUUCUGGCCUCCGAGGGCAACUGGUGGUAUUCCGGUGCCCACUUACCUCCAACCCCAACCCAAUGCUCUUUCCUCCCUCACAGAGAGCCCGUCCCUCAGACAAGCCUUUUUGGAUCUGUCUGAACAGGGCAAUGCCAGCUUGGAAACGAACCCCAGAUCCGGGCUGUUUGAGCGUGACUGUCCGCCCGUGACCUCCGACCUCCGACCCGCCUCGGAGGGCUGGCUAAAGCUGCUAGACGCUCCUUCGCUGCAAGCCCGGAAGGCCAGUUACCACUCCGCAUUCCGGCCAGUGGUCAAAGACACAGAAAGCAUUGCCAAGCUCCAUGGCAGCCUGGAGGACUUUGGGCCGGAGAGGCACCUUUCUCCUGGCACCAGCUGCAGCUACCAGAGCGACAGCGGUGAAAGCGACGAGGAGCAGGAAGUGGACGUGGAGACGAAACAGGAUGAGGAACAGGAGGACUUCACCAGCCGUGCGGCGCAGAGGCCCCUGCACAUGCGCGGGCUUCCCGACAGCAGCACGGGGGAUCAGGCCAAAGAACAACCCUCCUAUGACAGCAAAGAGCAGAGCAGCUUUUGCAUUCCAGAGACAGAAACGUCGGCACCUGAAUACUGGCGUGAGAAUCCAAAGGACAAACCCAGCCUCGCUGUCAGUCCACCCACCAUCCUCAAAGUCCCCAGCCCCAUUCACGGCUCGCUGGAGGAAAGCGCCGCGUACAGAAAUGCUCACAAGAGCAGAGACGAUGGGCUGCCGGCAUAUGCAAGCAAAAACAAAAACACCAUCUCAGAUGACAACAAAGAGCAGAGCAGCUUUUUUGUCCCAGAGACAGAAACGUCGGCGCCCGAAUACUGGCGUGAGAAUCCAGCAGACCAAAGUCAAGACUCGAACUCUCCCGUAUCGCUCAAGAAGGAUGUUGAGAACAUGGAAAAAGAGGAACUCCAGAAAGUUCUCCUUGAACAGAUAGAUUUACGACGGAGACUGGAGCAGGAGUUUCAUGCUCUGAAAGGCAGCUCUCCUUUUCCAGUUUUCCAUAACUUUCAGGACCAAAUGAAGAGAGAACUGGCUUACAGGGAAGAAAUGGUGCAGCAGUUACAGAUGAUUCCCUAUGCAAGCAUCAUUAGAAAAGAAAAGGUCGGGACACAUCUAAACAAAAGCUAAAUGGUCAAUUCGUUUGAAACAAAAUCAAGCUGCUCUCAACAUCUCAACACAAAGAAAGCAACGUCUUCACCGGAUCAAAAUGUUGAACGCUGCCUUUGACAGACCACCUCAACAAUGUCCAUCUCUCAAUCAAACCAAAAGGCAUCAGUGUACUGACUGAUAAACAGUAUACCAUUCAAUGCAUCUACCAAUGAUUUAGAGUUCAUUUGACAUAUUUCCUGUACAGUAACCCCAUUUGAUUAUUUAUGAACUUAUUUAAGUUUAUUUAUUACCCAUGCAUUCACUUAUAUUGAUAACAGCAAACUGUACAAUGAAAUUAGCUAUAGGUUGUAAAUGUACAAAAGGAGGCUGUGGAGGCAACGGGUUGCUCUGUAUUGUGGCUGAUGAGCAAUCUGAAAGUGUGUAAACCUUUCAUGUUUUGCCUGUUUAAAUACAACAUUGACAUAAACACACGUUUCAAAAUGUUAUUAUUAACUGUUCAUGCAAAUGUAUUUAAACAUGUUCUUGUAGUUUCUCUA